CGGUUGCGGUUGCGGUUGCGGCUGCGGGAAUUUGCGGAUGCGGGUGGUUGCGGUUUCUAGCGGUUUUAAGAGAUUUGUACGACUGGUUUUGCGGUUAAAAAUUGGUACGUUUGCGGGAUACUUAUGACUGGUUAACUACCUUAUACAGCAGCGGUUAAAUAAUAAAUUAACAAUAUUUACAUUUUAUAUAAUUAUAAAAAUAUCAAAAAUUAUAAUAUUAUAAUAAAUAUGAAAUUUAUAUUUAGAAAAUUAUAGUUUUAAAUUUUUAAAAAUUAUAGAAAAUAUUUUUAUUUAAAAAUUUUAGAAUAUUAAUUAAAAUAUAAUAGAUAUAUGUUAUUAUUUUUAUAAUUCCAAUUUAAUUUUUUUAUUGAAUAUUUUUAUUUUUGUAUUUAUAUGGUUUUAAAAAAAAAAUUAUCCUCCCGCAACCGCAAACGCUAGCUGGAACCAACUUUUGAUUUUAAGAGGUUCAGAGCGGUUUGAAGCGUAUCGGUUUGUAUGAUUGUUUCGAAACGCUGUCAACCGCUACUAACCGCAAAAACUGCGUUUGCGGGUGGUAGCGGGAAAACCAGUCUCACCCUAAAUUAUAAAUUAACGUGCAACAAACACAAUCUAUCAGAAGAUUUAUUUAUUUAUUUCAAAUUUCUUCAAAACCAAAAUUUCUUGUAUCGUCCGUUGAGGAGAAACUUCAAACGAACCAGCCAGCCAUGAACGAUCUUCUCUCCCGCUCUUUCAAACGCUCCGUAGCCGACGACUCAUCGCCGCCUCACUCGCACACUAUCGAGAUGCCAAAGGCUAAGUACUCAGACGAGAACAAUCUCGACAAGUUCUUCCUCGACGUGGAGGAGGUUAAUAAUGAUCUAAAAGAGCUCGAUCGCCUAUGUCACAGUCUCCAAGUAAGCCACGACAAGAGCAAGACGCUCCACAACUCUAAGGCUGUCAAGGAGUUGAAGGACAAGAUGGAUUCUGACGUGUCUAAGGCGCUCAAGACGGCGAAGCGUGUGAAAGGAAACCUCCAGGCACUGGAUCGUUCGAAUGAAGUGAACCGGAGUUUACCGGAAUGCGGACCGGGUUCAUCUUCUGACCGGCAAAGGAUGGCGGUGGUUAACGGGUUGAGGAAGAAGCUGAAAGAUGCGAUGAACCAUUUUAUGCGAGUGAGAGAGACUAUCUCGACGGAAUAUAGAGACACAAUUCACCGGUUGUACUUCACCGUCACCGGAGAAAAUCCCGACGAGGACACCGUCGAUCACCUAAUCUCUACAGGAGAAAGCGAAACAUUUUUGCAAAAAGCUAUACAAGAACAAGGUCGGGGUAGGAUUUUGGACACCAUAAACGAGAUACAAGAGAGGCAUGACGCAGUGAAAGACAUUGAGAAGAGCUUGAACGAGUUGCAUCAGGUGUUUCUUGACAUGGCCGUCUUGGUUCAGAGCCAGGGUGAACAGCUGGACACCAUUGAAGACAGCCUCAAACGAACCAAUACGAUUAUCCGUUCCGGUGCAGACCAGCUUGUUAAGGCGCGGUUCUAUCAGAAGAACACGCGUAAGUGGACUUGCUACGCGGUUUUGAUACUGAUCAUUAUUGUGGUUUUAGUUGUGUUGUUUACGGUUAAACCUUGGGAAAAUAACAAUGGUGGUGGUGGAGGAGGUGGUUCGAACCGUCAAGCCACACCGGUGCAAGCUCCACCACCUCCAUCUCAGGCCCGACGUCUACUUCGUUAAUUUUUGUUUUGUUUUUACUUUUUAGUUCUCUUGGUCUAUGCAUGGACCUCUGCUUUGGAGAUUGAUUAUUUAUUUAAUCGUUUUACUAGUAAUGUUUUUGAUUGGUUCAAGUCCUUGUGUAUAUAUAUAUCUCAUGCGAGCAGUACAUAAAUUAUUUACCUUCUAUAAAUAGCGCGGUAAUGAAAUUUAUCGUGAAAUGUAUUUCGUUACGCGUGUUUUCAUAAGAAAAUCACAUUUUGAAACAAUCAAUAACUGAAAAAGUCAAUAGAAGAAUGUCAUAUACAUAUAUGGUACAGGUGAAAGCCCAUUAGUCAUACAAAACAAGAGGUUUAUUGUGUUGUGCAGAUUCUGUCUGUUUGUUCGCUCCCAAUGUCGUCGUUGAGGAUGAUAGGCAAGUCAUCGUAUGUGACUGAUAUCUUGUGUAUUUGGCUCUCUUCUUAUUAAUGGAUUUGUGUAAGAUCAGACAUAGCCGUUAACUUCACAGGUCAGUUCAGUCAUUUCCGCAAACACUUUGUGAGUCUUCCCUCUGAUCAAGUUAAGUUCUAAUCACAUGAGAAUUGGUCGAAUUAAAUAAAACCCUUGUUCGAAAACUCGCUAGGCGUUACGCGUGCGCUCGGGUUGGGCCUAGCGCGUAAUGGGAAAAGCGGAGAUUAAUCCAAGAUUAAUCGGCGAUUAUUUUUGCGUGUAGUCUGGUGGGUGCUUUUGUGAGUCAUUCACAUCAGGUCCUGAGUUCGAAGCCUGAAAUUUUUCAUUUUUGCUUUUUAUUUUUUUAGGAGUGGCAAUAUGAUAAUAUUCUCAUCGUCUUCCUCUGUCCCAAAUAUUAAGGGUUAGCUGUUUCUGCAAUAUUUAUCAGCCGCAAUAAAAAGUUUCGUUAAAUAUUUAUUGCUUUUUAAUUGUUGUUUACACCUUGAAGCUAUAGAUCUACACUAUAUUGAAGGAUUC